AUGGCGCUCGAACUACAAUUUUGCAACUGUACCAUGCCAACCCACGAAUAUUCCGCAGUUUACGCUCGAAAUCUCUGCGAAUUCACUGAUUUCAAGAGCUGCGAAGAGGCCGUGGUCUCUCACAACAUCUCGGAUCGAUGUCAGAAGAAAUGUCGACUUGGCUGCAAUGACGUCAUUUAUGACGUCAAACUGGCGGGACUCGCCAAAAUAGAACAACCUAGCCCAGAGAUCCACAAGUCUUCCCUGAUCAUCUCGUUUGCGACAUCCAGCGUAGAAAUCUACAGAUACAGUCAAGCCCUCGGUCCGGAGGUCACCCUCGGUUACCUGAGCGGAUACAUUGGAGUUUGGACCGGCAUGUCUUUCGUCGGGCUCCUCCACGGCUGCUUCCGCCGCCUUCUCGGGACAAAUCGUCCUGAUUGA